AUGGAAGUCUCAUUGACAUGCCAAGUUUGUUGUAACAAUCCCCAUAAGUACACAUGCCCAAGGUGUGAGAUGCAUACUUGUUCUUUGGCUUGUUGCCUUGAACACAAACAGAAAUUUUCUUGCACUGGCGUUCGAGAGCCAGUGGUUUACUAUCGCCGAAAUGAGUACGGAACUUUUGCAUUCCAGCAGGAUUAUCAUCUACUAGAGGAGAUCGAUCGGAAAAAUAACACUCCUCAUUAUAAACGAACUCAUAUGCUGUAUAUUUCGAAUAAUCGUUUGCUGAAACACAACAUCUACGGUUUUAUGCGACAGGAUGAAGGAAACAACGUUGAGGUGAUCAGAUUAUGUGGUGAUGAUAUAUGA